GCGCGCUGAUUGGCUCCCGGGCGCCGGGGCCGGCUCCCGAUUGGCCAGCGCGCCGGGGAUAAAGACGGGCGGCGCGGGAACCAGCUCCAGGCAGCUGGGCGGUGACACCUGAGGGUCCCUGAGCGGCGAGCUUCCUAGGGGCGCCAUGAGCUGCAUCAACCUGCCCACCGUGCUGCCCGGCUCCCCCAGCAAGACCCGGGGGCAGAUCCAGGUGAUUCUAGGACCCAUGUUCUCGGGAAAAAGUACUGAGCUGAUGAGACGGGUCCGUCGCUUCCAGAUCGCCCAGUACAAGUGCUUGGUCAUCAAGUACGCCAAAGACACUCGCUAUAGCAGCAGCUUCUCCACGCACGACCGAAACACCAUGGAGGCACUGCCAGCCUGCCUGCUCCGGGAUGUGGCCCAGGAGGCCCUAGGUGUGGCUGUCAUAGGCAUCGAUGAAGGGCAGUUUUUCCCAGACAUCGUGGAGUUCAGCGAGACUAUGGCCAACGCCGGGAAGACCGUGAUUGUGGCUGCACUGGAUGGGACCUUCCAGAGGAAGGCCUUCGGGACCAUCCUGAACCUGGUGCCCCUGGCGGAGAGUGUUGUGAAGCUGACGGCGGUGUGCAUGGAGUGCUUCCGCGAAGCCGCCUAUACCAAGAGGCUGGGCGCGGAGAAGGAGGUAGCCGCCACCUGCCUUCUCCAGGGGUGGAGGGGGGAGGGUGGCCCGGAGGCGCCCCGCCCCAUCUCAGCCCACGGCUCUUUGCAUCCCCGCGGCCAGGUCGAGGUGAUCGGGGGCGCAGACAAAUACCACUCGGUGUGCCGCCUGUGCUACUUCAAGAAGGCCUCGGGUCUGCCCGCCGGGCCGGACGGCAAGGAGAAUAAGGAGAACUGCCCGCUGCUGGGGAAGCCAGGAGAGGCCUCGGGGGCCCGCAAGCUGUUUGCUCCGCAUCAGAUCCUGCAGUGCAGCUCGGCCAACUGAGGUGUGGGCGCCUGGGGAGCGCCCGCUCCCUUCCCGCUGCCGCCCCCUGGCGGAUGCUUGCAGGACUGCCCCCGCCCUCGUGCGGCGCAGCCUUUCCAGAAGAGGAAGUGGAGGGGGGUGGGGUGCGGGGACGGAACUUUUCGGCGGCGGUGCGCUUUCCCCGGGCUGGUGGUCUGCACGUUCCGUUUCCCCUUUCCUGCCCGCCGGCGCUUUCUUGGUUCCCUUCCCCGCUGCGGAUCCACUCCUGAGCUCAGGGUCUGGCCACCCACCGCGGACACCCGCCCCCUCCUCCCGUGGGGUGAGGGGCCGAGCCACAGACUGGCGACACUACCGCUGGCCGCUUCUUCCCCCUUGUGGCUUUCACUGUUGAGUUUCUGUUCUCGCUGGGAAGUCCGUUCCCCAGUUGCUCCGGCUCAGCACAGUGUCAUCCCACGCAAAAAUUUCUGUUGGCCUGGAAAGGGCUCCUGGUCCCUCGGGGUGGCUGGACUUGUGCCUUCUGGCUUCCCUUUGGGCUAAAAGCUCUUCCCUCUCUCUGGUGGUCAUUUUCUCCAGAAUUACAGCUUCUCUCACAUGGGGGACACUUACCCUAGUAGGGCCCAGAUCCCAGGGGCUUAUCUUUUAAGGGGGGGGGGGGGU